CCAUCCUCUCACUCUCCGAUUCUCGAUCCACAUGCUCGUAUUCGUGACUACGCUCUGAAUCAUUACGUAGAGGAUGAACCCGCUGGUGGUCGCGAAGAAUACAUUCGUACUAUUCGCAAAGAUACAAAUACUCGCACUGCUCCAAGCGAUUUCGCAACAUCGAUUCGAGAUCAAGGUCUUACCGCAAGUCAACGCGAAGCUAACCAGUAUCAAUCCAGUACAUUACGGACGCGUGAUUUGCCAUUCGAUGCCACUCGCUUGGCAAAUCGACUGUACCAGGUAGAAGACAGUGCAAACGCAAAACUUUCUUUCAAAGACUGCGUUAAAAAAGAUGACCUGGAAGUAGUGAAGGUGGCUUAG